AUGGCCGUGGGACUCGUGUCGCUGCUCAUCGGAGGUUUUUACUCUGGCAACAUCCGUGUUCCUCUCUUCGAAAGUCGGGCGCACAGCUCUAUUCCUGAGCCAUGGGACUGCCGUCCAUUCCUUCCACACCUCUUCGCCGACACUCCUCCAUCCACAGCACACCCCGCCAUACACGCCGGCGUAGCAGCCAUGCAUCAGUACUUCGCGUCGCGCUUCUCUGCAGGAGAUAUAGAUAGCCUCUCGGUCGCAGUUGUCACAGCGGAGGGCUCUAUAUACGAGAACAACUUCGGCGUCACCCGAGGAAACGAGACCAGAUCCCCGCCGACUACCAGCCACUCGAUGUAUCGCAUCGCAUCCACAGGGAAACUCUUCCCCGUAUUGGAAGGCCUGAUCUUGGAGCAGAAGGGACUCAUCUCCUGGGAUGAUCCGGUCGACAAGCACCUCAAAGGCUUCUCGUAUCGUCCCGAUGGUCUAGACCCUCAUGCCGUAUCUGGACCAGCAGAGAAGACUCCUAUCACGCUCUUCCAACUCGCUUCCCACAUGUCCGGACUCGGGAGAGACUGGCCAGCAGGAACGGUCACCGACUGGCCGCACGACCUGGCCGGGAUGGGUCCGCCCCCGACGAACGGGCUGCCUUUCCCCUCCAACGAAGAUUUGCUGGACGCCAUCGCGCAUCAUCAUCUUACGUCGCCGCCGCUCUUCCACCCAGCGUACUCGAACACGGGUACGGCUGCUCUGGGACUCGCGCUUGCGGCCGCCAGCAGCGCGGCGGACGGAGACGCGUCCGUGAUCACCUUCGCGGAUCUCGUGAAGCGCGACAUAUUUGAGCCGAUGGGACUCAAUGGAAGCCAUUUUCUCGUGACAGAAGAGAACAAGCACCUCGUCGUAGUGCCAUCCCUCGCGCCCGAAGUCGCUGAUCAAAACUUUCUCGAUGCGAUGAACCCCGCCGCGGGCCAGUUCUCGUCGCUCUCGGACAUUAUCACCGUCACGCAGACGAUCCUGAACCCGCGUCACCCGAAGAGCCAGCUCUCAACAUACAGCCGAGACAAGUGGCUUCUUCCCGUACAUUCUUUCGAGGAAGAUGGCUGGACCGAGCUCGGGCUCAUGUGGGAGAUCAUCAAGGCGGAAAACUCGAAUGGACGUCUGCGCAAGAUAUACUGGAAACUGGGCGCGAUGGCGGGCUAUCACAGCGCCCUUGCAAUCCAUCCGGGUACCUCCUACGGCAUCAUCGUGCUUAUGGCCGGACACUAUCAGGACGCCGCGAAGCUCGCGUACGACGCGUUCGCACUCAUGCAGCCUGCCAUAGACAACGCGCUCGCAGACAUGGCCGUCAAGUUGUACGCUGGAUCAUGGCACGCUGAUCGCGACGAUCAAAGCAAGCCUUCCUCCGCGCGCGUGAUCGUAGAGAAGGGCACGCUGUACAUGGAGAGCUACACGCUCCUCGGCGUGGACGCGCUCAGCAUGUUCGGCGCGCAGGGCCGUCUUGCGAUGCGCCCCUCAGGACGCCGCGAUGAGUUCCGACUCGAUACGGGCAUACCUGGCUAUAAUGGACAGAAGCACAUGGGCUGCUACCCGUAUUGGAACGGGCAGGACCUGUGGGGUGUUCGCAACAACGCCGCCAUCAAUGCGCUCUACUUCAGGGGAGACGGAGAAGAGCGGCGUCUGCAUGUUCCGUCGCUCGAGAUCCUCAUGCAGAGAGCAUGA